AUGGGCUCCCUCCAAGACACUUCCCCCUCCAGCUUCUACGCCGGCCACUCUCCCUUCGCCGACACUCCUCUUCCUCGCCGCGUCGAUGACAUUGCCGCCAGCUGCCCUUCGAGGCCAUGGAUCAUUGUCCCGCGUACCUCCGACGUCCACGCAGAAUGGCGUACCAUCACCUUCGGUGAAUUCGCAAACGCCGUCAACGGAACAUGCAAGUGGAUCGAGAGGACCAUCGGCCCCGUGCCGGAUCAGCGUGAGACUGUAGCAUGGUUGGGCGUCAACGAUGCUCGCUACGCCGUAGUCGUGACCGCCCUCAUGAAAACCAACCGCAGGGCUCUCCUGCUUUCGCUGCGCAACUCCGACGAAGCUCAGCUCCACCUCCUGCAACGCACAGACUCCUCGUGCUACCUCUACACCGAUGGCAUCGAAUCCCAUCUGAGUGUUUUCGAGAAGCACUCGGAAGAUAUCCAUGGCCACCAGGUCCCCACAUUCGACGAGAUGGUCGCUCUUGGCGAGCAGCAUGGCCACUUCGAGAGCCACGGCCGUGAGGACGCCCAGGAGCAUGUCAUAGUCAUUCACACCUCGGGCAGCACCGGUCUCCCCAAGCCAAUCUACAUGACCAACAUGUGGGUUGCGCAAUUAGACCACCAAAAGUAUAUGAAGGCUCCCGCCGGCCGCAAGAACCGUUCGGAAGGCUGGAUGGGACCGACAGCAGACGGCAAGCCCAUGUUUAUCCCUGCUCCCUUCUAUCACACCAUGGGCAUGGUCUGCCUUUUCCGCAGCGUCUACACUGGCCCCUUGGUACUUCUCCCCGUCGGUGUUGCGCUCAGCGCCGACCUGCUCAGUGAGAUCCUCCUCCUCAGGAAAGCCUCCGUCGGAAUGUUCCCUCCUGCUCUUCUAGAAGAGAUGAGCGAAACCGAAAAAGGCCUCAAGGCUCUAUCGACUCUCCACGACAUCUUCUUUGGCGGAGCUCCCCUGGCUCCAGAAGCAGGUGAUCGUGUAAGACAGGUGACCUCUAUCAACUCCAUCAUCGGCUCUACGGAAGCCUCGCUCAUCGCUGCCUUGGAGCCCGAGGAUCCGGCCGACUGGGAGUAUUUCGAAUGGCACCCCUACUCAGGCGUCGUCAUGGAAGAUGCCGGUGACGGUCUCUACGAACAGGUCAUCAAGCCUAUCGUCGAUACUAGAUACGUAUCUGUCUUCUCCAACUUUCCCGAAAUCACCGAAUGGAGAACCAAGGACUUGUGGGAGCAGCACCCGACCAAGAAGGCUCUGUGGAGAUACAAGGGUCGCCGUGACGACGUGAUCGUCUUUAGCAACGGCGAGAAGUUCAACCCGGUCAGCUUCGAGAAGACUGUGGAAGAUCAUCCCUUGAUCAGAGGCGCUCUCGUUGUAGGCCAGAGCCGUUUCCAGCCGGCCGUUCUCAUCGAACCCGAUUGGAGCAAGGUCCAGGAGGGACAAGAUCUCGGCGACCUCCUCGCUGACGUGUGGUCUUCGGUCGACGAAGCCAACAAGGGUGCUCCUGCCCACGCGCAAGUCUGGAAGAACAAGGUUGCCUUUACGAAGAAGGAGAAGCCUUUCGUCCGUGCUCCAAAGGGCUCCGUUGUGAGGCGUGCCACUGUCGACCUCUACUCGCCGGAGCUUGAUGCCUUGUACUCCAACGAAGGCUUCGACGAGCAGUUGGGAAAGUUGGCCAAGGACGCUGACCUGCCCACGACCCGCACAUUUGUCCGCAAUGCCAUUGCCUUGACCGUACCGCUGUUCAAGGAUGAGCAUUCCGACGAUCAUGACAUCCUCGAUCUGGGCGUCGAUUCUCUGCAGGUCAUGGCGCUCGCCAGCUCCAUCAGCCACGCCAUCAAAGAUGACGCUGCGGAUCGUGGCGCGAAGGUCCUUCCCCGCGACAUCUACGCCAACCCCUCCGUCAACAAACUUGCCGCCGCCCUCCAGAGCAAGCUCUCCGAGGGCGAUGCCGAAGCCAAGCCCACGAGGCCGCGCGAGCAGGUCAUGGCCGAAAUGGUCGCGAAGUACACCGCGGACCUCCCCAAGACCGCCGCGCCUCUGCCCGAUCUCCCCGAGAAGCAGACCGUGAUCCUCACCGGCUCAACCGGCGCCCUCGGCAACUACAUCCUCGAGAACCUCAUCUCCGAGCCCAUCGUCUCCAAAAUCUACUGCCUCAACCGCUCCGACUCCGCCGCGGCGCGCCAAGCCCAAUCCUUCACCGACCGCGACGUCUCCCCCGACUUCAGCAAAGUCACCUUCCUGCGCACCGACUUCAGCCAACCCCGCUUCGGCCUACCGCAAGACGUCUACGACGACCUCGCCGCCACAACCACCCUCUUCAUCCACAACGCCUGGGCCGUCGACUUCAACCACGCCCUCGAGUCCUACGAACCCACCCACAUCGCCGGCACCCGCCGCGUCGCCGACUUCUCCCUCCACUCCCGCCACCGCGCCCACAUCACCUUCAUCUCCUCCGUCGCCUCCGUCGCCAACUGGCCCGCCAUCAGCGGCGGCGACCCCACCACCCCCGUCCCCGAACGCUUCAUCCCCAACGACCUCGCCCCCCUCCCCCAAGGCUACGGCGAAAGCAAGCACGUCUCGGGCCGCAUCCUCGCCGCCGCCGCGCACCAGUCCGGCGUCCCCGUCAGCAUCGUCCGCUGCGGGCAGCUGGCGGGGCCGCGCACGCCCAAGGGCGUCUGGAACCGCCACGAGUGGCUGCCGUCCGUCGUGCACACCAGCCGCAACCUCGGCCGCCUCCCCGCCGCCCUCGGCAACCAGGACGCCGUCGACUGGGUGCCCAUGGACGCGGCGGGCCGCGUCGUGUUCGAGUGCAGCGUGGACAGGUUGCUGCGGACGCGCGGGGAAGUGGCGCUCGAUGUGUUUCACGUCGUCAAUCCGCGGGUGGUGUCGUGGCGGGCGUUGGUGCCGGUCGUGGUGGCGUUUUAUGAGGCGCAGGGCGUAAGGUUGGAGGCGGUGUCGUUUGAUGAGUGGAUAGAGGCGUUGAGGCGCACGCCGUUGACGAAGGAGGAGGUGGAGCGGAAGCCGGGGGUUAAGCUGUUGGACUUUUAUGAGGGGUUGAGGGUCGAGGGCGGGGCGUUGCCGCCGAUGUGCACGGCGCAUACGGUUGAGAGCAGUAGGUGUUUGGGCGAGUUGGGGGAGGUGGAUGCGGCGUUGAUGGAGAAUUGGUUGAGGCAGUGGGGGUUUUGA